AUGCUUGAUUCUGGCAGUUCCCGCAAAUUGCCCGUCUUGGUCAUAGUAGUGGUUGAUCUGGCGGGUUCCGAGUCAUGCCUCCUACCACCCCCUGCACUGCUGCACACCGCGUGGUGCUGCCGUCCCCUCUGUAGCUCAGCAGCCAUCACCCAGGCCAUCACUGCCCGCUACAAUGUCUGCUUCACCCCAAAACCCAGCACCUCCGAGCAGUGGUCUGUGCGCCCCCAGCAUGCUGCCUGCACCAACCUGCCUCCCACCCUAUCAUCCUUGCCCACCACUGCCCUCUACAAUGCCUGCCCCAGUGCUCAAGUGAUGGACGGUCAAGUUUCAUGGACAUCUCAGCUACUUGCCUUCGCCCACAGAGUCAUUGCUUGGGGAUUGAACUAUUCAGAUGUCAAGUUUCAUGGACAUGCCAAGACCACCUCCGAUGCGGCCAUCCUGUCUGUUCGCUGCUUUCUCGAGCGUGCAGAACAACAAGAGGUUGCAGCUGUCAGCUUGAAUAGAUGUCGAGUGAGGGAUGCCGUUGGGGGCCAGCAUAUCAUUGAAAGGACUUUCGAGUACCUGUAG